AUGUGGAUCCUCGAUUCAGAGGGAGACUUUUUGAGAGGGAAGCGCGUGUGGUUACGGCCCGGGAAGAAGUAUCUGUUUGGUCGCAGCAAGACGAAUGAGGUCCGCCAUGCCAUCCAGCACAAUUCAAUAUCGCGAAAGCAUUUGGUGAUCGAUAUCGCAUCUGUCAAACCUGGUGACGGGGUCCAUAUUUACGCAAGGUCUGAGAUAUCAGUGAGCGACCAGGGAUCCAAGUUUGGUACACUACUCGAUGGAGAGCAAAUUAAGGGGGUAAGCAAGAAGUUGACUGGUGAGGAGCAUACCAUUCAGCUGGGAAAGUACCAGCACGUUUUGCGGAUAAAAUGGCAUCCAACCGUACUCAGCUUUUCCUUCUCCUCCAAAGAACUCAAGGCAAAGGACCCGUUGGCGCAUGUGCGAUCCCGACUCGAGGACCUAGAUGUCAAAACGAUAAUUCCAUAUGUCAUCGAUUCAACAACCCACGUGGUUCAAAGCAAACGGAAUACAGCGAAAGGAUUGCAAGCGCUGGUGAAUGGCAAAUAUAUCGUCCAAGAAUCAUUUGUUGAUGCGCUUGUUUAUGCAGCGACGCCAAGUGACCUAGAGAACCUCGAAAGCUUGUCCCCUUUAGAGGCCGAUUUCGACGCUGCAUGGCCAGACCCAAUGGAACACCUGCCACCUCCAGGAAAGGAAGUUGCUGACAGACCCGAAGAGUCCUUCGCGCCAAAUCCCGAUCGAAUCAGCAUCUUCGAUGGCUAUACUUUCGUCUUUGGUGACACUACGCAAUACGAGAAUCUACAGGACGCUAUAACGAAUGGCCAUGGAAAGGCUUUGUUUUAUCGAAUCGAGGACGGUGUAACAACCCCCGAGGAUAUUGUGCAAUUUAUGAGAAAUGCUGCGGGCCAUAAAGGUCUCGGGGUUGCAAGAAACGGCGAUGGCGGUGUCGUUCUUGUCCGAUUUAGAUCUAAGGGGCAGUAUGAAGACUGGUCUAUACAGCUUAGCAACCAAGUGGCCAUUACGACCGAUCAACGUGUUAUCGAGCAGCGAGAAUUCCUGGAUGCGAUAUUAGGGAAUGAUGCCGCGGUGUUGUGUCGGCCACUCCCAGAAUCCAAACCGAGUCAGGAAAUGGACGUUGAGCCCACGGAGUCUACAUCUGCCCCUCCAGCCCCAAGCGAUGAUGCACAAAUCAUCGCCGACUCGCAGCUGGCGGAAGACGUAAGCCAAGCCUCGAAAAAGGGAAGAGGUGGCCGUGUUCGCAAAUACGUGAGCAAAAUGAAGACAUUUGAUGACGGGUUUGACAUCAAUUCUAUCCCAGCUUAUGCUCCAGAGGUGGAUGAGGGCUCUGCAGACUCUCAAGCACAGAUGCUGGUAGAGACUCCAUCGGAAAAUCAGUCGAGAGUAGUCGACAGCUUUCAGGAAGAAGAAGAGUUAGUUUCCAGCUUACUGCCAGGUGCCAGUGCAAUGAAACGUCGACGCGCCGAGACUUCACAGAGAAGUUUGGAUGAUUCGACUACACAUCUAAAACAAGAGGGGGCUGCACGACCUAAGCGGCAAAAGUUGGACGUUUUGGAGGCGGCACGGCAGCACCGUGAGGCGGAGGAGGAUGCCGCCCGUCAGCGACGUCAAGAGGAGCAAGAGUCACUUCAGAGCUCUCUCAAGGAUAUCGACGUGGAGAAGCUGAAAGGGCUUGCUAUUGUGGAGGAGAUGGAAGUUUCAAGUAGAGACCCCGUCGUUGAUCAUAGCAAUAAUACCCGCUGGGACGACCGGUGGAAUGGGCGCAAAAAUUUCAAGAAAUUCCGGCGCAAAAAUGAUACCAGCCAGCCUCGUCGUCGCAUCCAAACCGUCAUCGUACCUCUAGAAGAAGUGACGCGCAAAGGGUUUGGUAUUGGCGACCACUACUGGGUGAGCAAUCAUCGGUCCAGCGAACCCACCCCGCAAGAAGGCCAGCCCGAACGGACGAUAAGCCAGGAAGAGAGUGAGCUGUCGCAGGCGCGCUCACUCCCUCAAAGCGAAUCGGAAAAGGCGUCUGUGUCUCAACGUCAAAAACGGGUGCGAGAGGAACAGGAUUCCGAUAGUGAUGAUGGGCUUCGAUUCCGGUUCCGACGCAGGAGGUAAUGCUCUUUCUUUUUUCUUUUUUUUUUCUUUUUUUCUUUUUUUCUUCGUGUUACAUAGAUUUCAAUUCUCGGUACAUUUUAACUAGGUAUAGCAUUCAUCAACUCCAGUUCAUCCAAAGGGUCGCCCUCCCGGUUGGAGGUCCAGGAGAUCGAUCAACUUUGAUGUCAAAUUCUAAAUUGUGGAGCGUCUUUCAGAAUCCGAUUCAGAAUCCUCAAAAGGAAGC